UCACUGUCACUCUGUCACUACUCUUAACGUCUAUGGUUAGAACGUUGUGCUUGUUUUGCCCAAUUGGUAAUUUCUAAAUUAUUAGAUUACAUUUACUAAUUAUGUUUCUACUAGCGACUGAAGUUUGAAUAAGAAUCGUACUUGCGGUAGCAAUUGCGUGUCCUGUAUACAGGUUCCAGCAAAGGGAUUGCAAAUGUCAAUAUGUCAGGAUCUCGGCCUUAAUUUCCAACAGAGAAUGGGCGCAAAUAUAUCACAAUUGGAAAGAGAUAUCGGGUCAGAGCAGUUUCCCCCAAAUGAACAUUAUUUUGGAUUAGUCAAUUUUGGAAAUACCUGUUAUAGUAAUUCAGUUCUUCAAGCACUCUACUUCUGUCGCCCCUUUAGAGAAAAAGUUUUAGAAUAUAAAGCCAAAAACAAAAGAACCAAGGAAACACUGCUAACAUGUCUAGCAGACCUUUUUUAUAGCAUUGCCACACAAAAGAAAAAAGUAGGCUCUAUUGCACCUAAGAAGUUUAUUGCUAGACUGAGAAAAGAAAAAGAGGAAUUUGACAAUUACAUGCAACAGGAUGCCCAUGAAUUCUUGAAUUUCCUUAUAAACCACAUCAAUGAGAUUAUUUUAGCCGAGCGCAAUCAAAGUACACUGAAACUGCAAAAGAACACGACCGGUGAGAAUGUGACAUGCAACGGCACGCUGCCACAGAGCACAGAACCGACGUGGGUGCACGAGAUAUUUCAGGGCACCCUUACCAGUGAAACGAGGUGUCUCAAUUGCGAGACAGUGAGCAGCAAGGAUGAGCAUUUUUUUGAUCUUCAGGUUGACGUAGGCCAGAAUACGAGCAUCACGCAUUGCCUAAAAUGCUUCAGUGACACCGAGACCCUGUGUAACGACAACAAAUUCAAAUGUGACAACUGCAGCAGCUACCAAGAAGCCCAGAAGCGCAUGCGCGUGAAGAAACUGCCACUAAUACUGGCAUUGCAUUUAAAGAGAUUCAAGUACAUGGAACAGUACAAUAGGCAUAUAAAAGUCUCGCAUAGAGUCGUGUUCCCGUUGGAGUUGAGACUUUUCAACACUGUGUUUCCCUUGCAGUCCGACGACGCUGUGAACCCGGACCGUCUUUACGACCUGGUUGCCGUUGUAGUACACUGCGGCUCGGGGCCCAACCGGGGACACUACAUCAGCAUAGUGAAGAGCCACGGCUUCUGGCUGUUGUUCGACGACGAUAUGGUAGAUAAAAUUGAUGCGUCAGCGAUAGAAGAUUUUUACGGCCUAACUUCAGACAUUCAAAAAUCGUCCGAAACCGGUUACAUAUUGUUCUAUCAAUCUAGGGACGCUAGUUGUUAAGUUUCUUCAUUAAUUAUAGUAAUUUAUAUUAUUUAAGAUAGUCACUAUCACAAAUCAUGUUAUGCCGCGAUUGUUAAAGUUGAAAAGGCAUUAUAUUAUUGACAAAUUGUUUAAAUUCAAAUCAUUAUUAUUCAAUUUUUAGAUUUAAUUCGAGUGUAUAUAUUUCAUUUCAUAAUACAAAGUUGCGAUUCUUCUCAGA